GUGUGUUUAUCACAUGCUGAUUGCUGCAUUUUGUUAUUCCUGCCAUCGUAAACUGAGGUUAAUGGAAAAGAAGCUCUUAUAGACUUUUUUUUUCCUCCAUUAAAGCUCCUGACCUUUGAGCCUGAAUGAUGAGCACUGUAGAGAUACCAGCUGGUUUGAAAGAGCUGCUGCAGGGAUACACGGUGGAAGUGCUUCGUCGCAGGCCUCCCAACUUGGCCGAGUUUGCUGUGCAGCAUUUCACACGUAUUCUGGAGAGCCAAAGAAAUGACCAGCAAGACAAGAAACCCAACACUGAGUCUGUGCAGAAAGAAGUCACUUUUGAAUCAGGCACAGAUGAACCCAACAAACAUGAGGAAGAGGAGGAGGAGGAAGAGGAGGAACCGGUCCCCGUUAAGCGCCCCUCUGGAAAAACCAAUCGCAGAACUGCAGUUUGUGCAGAGGCGUACAACCCAGAUGAUGAUGAGGAUGAUGACACAGAGCCUCGGGUUGUGAAUCCCAAAACAGACGAGCAGCGUCGCCGGCUUCAGGACGCAUGCAGAGACAUUUUACUGUUCAAGACAUUAGAGCAGGAGCAGUUCUCUGAGGUUUUAGACGCCAUGUUUGAAGUGUUGGUCAAACCUCAGGAUCACAUCAUAGACCAAGGAGAGGAUGGGGACAAUUUCUACGUCAUAGAGAAAGGUGUCUACGAUAUUUUUGUACAGAAGGACGGUGUGAGCAUUUGUGUUGGAAAAUAUGACAACAAGGGCAGUUUUGGAGAGCUGGCUCUCAUGUACAACACGCCUCGAGCCGCCACAAUCGUGGCGACACAGGACGGAGCCCUGUGGGGCCUGGAUCGAGCCACAUUUCACAGACUGAUUGUGAAAAAUAAUGCAAAGAAGAGAAGGAUGUAUGAGGCCUUCAUUGAAUGCGUUCCUCUUCUGAAGUCUCUUGAGGUUUCUGAGAGAAUGAAGAUUGUUGAUGUUCUGGGAGCUCGAGCAUUCAAAGAUGGAGACCGCAUAAUUACACAGGGUGACAAAGCUGAGUGUUUCUACAUUGUGGAAACAGGAGAAGUGAAGAUUAUGAUAAAAAGCAAAACAAAGGCGAGCCAGCAGGAUAACGCAGAAGUGGAGGUGGCUCGCUGCUCCAGAGGGCAGUACUUUGGGGAGCUGGCGCUGGUCACCAACAAACCUCGUGCAGCAACAGUUUACGCUGUGGGAGAAACCAAAUGUUUAGUAAUUGACAUCCAGGCUUUUGAGCGUUUGCUGGGUCCCUGCAUUGACAUCAUGAAGAGAAACAUCUCCCAGUACGAAGACCAGCUGGUGGCGCUGUUUGGCUCCAGUGAUGAUUUGAAACAAUAGUACACAUUUAAAGUUGCCAGUGUUUUAUAAAUCAAAAAUAGAACCAGUGUAUGUGAUACUUUUAUCUUCCUCUCGAGGUAAAUACGGCUGCCUCAAUUUGAAGUCAUGUUUUGUUUUUUUAAUGUGUUCAAGUUUAAAAUUCACCAUUUUUCAUGUGUGAUUAUGUCAAUACUUGUCCAAACAAAAUUUGAUGCAUAAAAUAAGAUUCAGUCAACUGACUCACGAACAACUCAUCAGACUGCAGCCUGGCUGGUGCAUCAUCUCUGUGUUGGUCAGAUUGACAUGACCAUACAGGACACGUCCCAGUAAGAAAACGCAUGUAAAUAAGUACCUGAAGGUAAACUCACUGCUUUCUGAACCACUCUUGAUGUUAUUAGUAACACUGUAUUUGCUAUGCCACAAUAUAAUAUUAAAAAGAUGG